AUGUCAAUUAACAAAGGACCAAGAUUCAGAGCUAAAGUUUUGAUUUCAGAAUUGCCAGACAAUAUCUUGGGAAUAGAUGUGUUACUAGGGCAGAGUAUUGAGACACAGUGGGGGGUGUUCACGUUUGGAUUCCCUCAUAAGCCAUACUAUCUCAGACCAGUAAAAGACAUUGUGAGAGGGAAUGCAAAUUGGACACCUGUCAUUGUUCCUCCUCCAUGCAACCCGGUAAGACUGAAGCAAUACCGUUUGCCCGGAGGAUGUCAAGAAAUUAGUGAGACUAUCGACAAGCUUUUACAGUCAGGUGUAAUUCGUCCAGCUGUCAGUCCGUUCAAUGCUCCAGUAUUCCCUGUAAAGAAGAUGGAUGGUUCAUGGCGAAUGACGGUGGAUUACCGUGGACUCAACAAGGUAGCACCACCAUUGAGUGCUGCUGUCCCUGAUAUUAUAACCAUUGUGGGAAACAUUGCCAAACAGGCCGGGGAGUGGCAUGCGGUAAUAGAUUUAGCUAAUGCGUUCUUUUCAAUUCCUAUUGCACCUGAGUCGCAAGAUCAAUUUGCUUUCACUUGGGAAGGACGCCAAUAUACCUUCCAAGUAGUGCCCCAGGGAUAUAUACACUCACCUACGAUUUGCCAUGGACUAGUUGCACGGGAUUUAAGCCACCUCACUCUACAUCUUCCAGUAUUUCACUACAUUGAUGACAUCAUGAUCUCUGGAUCUAAAGAGGAAGUGAAAGAAGCAUUACCUGUUCUAGUGAAUUACAUGACUGGACGGGGAUGGGCAAUAAAUAAAGACAAAAUUCAAGGUCCAACCCAAGAAGUUAAAUUCCUAGGAAUGAUGUGGUCUGGGCCUGUUCGGAAGAUACCUCAGCCUGUGCUGGAUACAAUCCAGAAUUCUCCAGAACCUAAGACGUUAACAGAAGCCCAAAAGUUUUUAGGUGCAGUUGGUUACUGGAGAGCAUUUAUACCGCAUCUAGGAUUGCUGCUACGCCCCAUAUACAAUGUUACCAGAAAGAAAUCAGCAUUUGUAUGGGGAAUUGAUCAAGCUACACUAUUCCAAGCAGCAAAGGAAGCAGUAUUACAGCAUCAGGGCUUGGGCCCGAUUCAAAUUGGAGCUCCGUUCAUAUUGGAUGUGAUGGUGAACGACAACGUUGCAUCAUGGGGACUAUGGCAACCGAGCGAAGACAAAGGCAAGCGGGUGGUACCAAUUGGGUUUUGGUCCAAGCAAUUGACUGGGGCUCAGCAAAGGUACACACCUUUGGAGAAGAAUCUUCUGGCAGCAUACCUCGCACUGCAGCAUGUGGAGACAAUGACUGAGAAAAGCAUAGUAUCAGUGAAAACAGAUUUACCAAUAGCAGGAUGGGAAAGAGGAGGGAUCCAAGCAGGUGAAGUGAAGGAACUGACCAAACUCCUUACUGGGUUAGUGACAUAUGAUACACUUUCACAUCCCAAUGUACAAGAAGUCCCAAUUUUACAGCCCUCAUCCAUCAAGACAGCUCCUUCAUUUGGAGAACUGGGUGAAGAACAAAAGAAAAACGCAUGGUUCACAGAUGGGUCUGCAAUCAUGACCCACAAAGGACGACAUUGGACUGCAGUAGCUUACAACCCUCAGCAACAAAUUGUGAUUCAAGAGAAGGGAAUAGGAGGAUCUAGUCAAUAUGCUGAAUUGACUGCCAUAGUCAUACUGAUGGAAGAAACCACAGAUCCAGAGCUCUACAUCUAUACAGAUAGCUGGGCUGUGUACAAGGCUUGUGUUACAUGGAUGCCUACAUGGAGAAACAACAGGUGGCAAAUACAUGGCAAGACAGUAUGGGGAGGAGAAGAUUUAUGGGAAAAUAUAUGGAAAACAGCCCAAUCAAGAUUAAUACACCUCGGACAUGUUAAUGCCCAUGUGAAAGACAGUACUGGAGAAGAGAACGCGAAUAAGAUAGCCGAUGAAUUGACCCGAAUACGAGAAGCAAAAAUAACACCAGAACCUGUUGAUCCAGUAUUACUUAGGAUGGCAGACUGGGCCCAUGAGACCGCGGGUCAUAGAGGAAAAGCAGCUACGCUAGAGUGGGUGCGAGCCCGAGGACUACCAAUAACUCUCCAGAUGAUUGUCCAAGCUCAAGAAGUAUGCGAGACCUGCAACGAGGUGAAGAAAUGGCCCCUCACGAAGCAAGCCCGUGGACAUUUAAAUAAAGGAACAAUAGCAGGACAGAUCUGGCAGAUGGACUACAUUGGUCCCAUGCCUAAAGGAAGAGGGGGGCUGAUGUAUUGUUGUACUGCUGUAGACACCUUUUCCGGAAUUCUGAAAGUAUUACCCUGCAAACAUGCAAACCAGGCCUCAACACUUCAGAUGCUACAGACUCUUGUGAUUGCUUAUGGACUGCCAUCUGAGAUUCAGACAGACAAUGGAACCCACUUCACUGGACAGCUCGUACAGCAGUGGGCAAAUGACUCAGGGAUUAAGUGGAUCUUCCACAUCCCCUAUCAUCCUCAAGCUUCGGGGUUGAUUGAAAGGUGCAAUGGGCUUUUAAAAGAACAGAUUCGGAAGCUAUCCCCAAGUAGGACAUUGAGGGGGUGGGACCGGGUGAUCACGCAGGCAGUUAUGAUACUAAAUAGUAGACCAAUAGGACAGUUUUCACCAUAUGAAAGAUUGACUGGACAGGUGGGGAAGAACAAAUUUAAAGUGGUCAGCCAGAACCUAGUUGAGAUUGUACAGGGUGAUGAAUGGAUGACAUACAUCCUUCCCAUGGGUGGGAUAUUACCAGAAGGGACUGAAGUGGCCUUCGCCCUAACAGAGGAGCUAAGAGAUGAUAAAUGGUUGACCACAGGGAUGAUUGGUGCCUAUAUAGACAAGUCGGAUCCCUGGUCCUCCAACUCAUACCUGUAUCUAUUAGCAAGUUAUUCGAGAGUGUCAAACAGCACGGAUUGCUGGAUUUGUGGGGCCAUAUCAUUCAGCGAGGAGAGCAGUUACCCAUAUGUUGGUGUUCCAUGGACAUUGGAGGAGUUAAAACAAUAUAAUAAUACAGGAUUCGGCUGGUACCGAGAAGAAGGAAAGCCACAAUCAUUGGACAGAUUGCAUAUUAUAAACCGCCCCCAGGAAGGUGCUAUUUGUAUCAGUUCACAUAACAACGGAGGCAAUGCCACUAAAAUGGGAUAUUCUAACUGUACAUCUGCCUGGGUAAAGGGCUAUGGUAAUGAACAACAUUGGGCAAUGACUGUCAAAGACUCCAGCCCAGUGAUCUUGCAAAAAGUAGACUGGAAAGAAGACUACUUCCUCGUGACUAGCGAUGUUAGUAGCCUUUAUACAGUCAUAGAACAUCGAAAAGGGUGUAAGGCAGUGGAGCAAUUUUUGAGAACAUCAAACGCAUUUAAGGGUGAACAAAUUGAGUUCAUCAUUGAAGGCAUUAAGAUUAUUCUGCAAAACAACAACUUCUGGUUCGAAGGGGAAUUCUAUAUCCAGAGAAGAGAAAGGGUUACAUGA